AUGCGUUCUUCGGCAAAGAUAACACUUGCUCUCGGUCCACCCAAUCCAUCGACUACUACGUCCACUGGCAAUGGUGAACCCGUCAAGUCUGUGUCUAUAGACACGUACACCGAUCAAGGAUGGACGUGUGGGGUUUGUGGUUACUCCAAUCCGACUGAUGUGGGAAUGGGUAAAUGUGGACUUUGCGGAGUCCCAUAUUCUGUCUCACAAGCUGCUAUGUCAAGUUUCUCCCAAGGACCAUCGAGGACCUCGACGCCAACUCCUCGACCUAUAUCAACCAUGUCUGCCACAGCUCCCCCGGAAAUCUCUCAGAUUUCGAGCGAAAUCACUACAUCGCUGGAAGAGGGCAUUCCUUGUCCAGCGUGUACUUUUCUGAAUCAUACAUCUAUGACCUUUUGUGAGAUAUGCUCUACUCGACUGAAGACAUCAACAUCUCGGAAAGCAAAUAUCACCGGGCCUGACAUGUCGGACCCAAGUGGCGGGAGAAGUCAAAGUAAGCAGGAGGUUGUACGUCUAAGCUUUCGCGGUGGGGGAGAAAAGGUGGCGUAUCAGAAAUUGAAGAGUGUUUUGACUCAAAAAGCCUGGGAGAAGUCUCAAAAGACAAGAAGGGACAAGGAGAAUGGUGAAGUCAAGUCGGGGGCGGGUAUAGAUGGAAUAAUGAACACUCUAUCACUCGACGCAAAGGAACAGGAAGAACAUGUCAAGGAAUCUUUCAGAGAUCUUGAACUGCUCAUGGUUCGUGCAGGAGAGAUGGUCCGGUUAGCUCAAUCUCUCAGUGCCAAACUUUCAGCCUCCUCCUCUCCUUCAGAGUCCGAAACAUCUCUCAUUCACAAUUCUCUCGUCCAACUUGGCCUUCCCGCACCCGCUUUGACACCUGAUAUGGUCUCUACGGAUCGAGCGUAUCAUACCGGUCUAGCCAAAGAACUGGCACAUCUCCUCCUUGGUAAAACAGGUGAUGGGGGUUUGAUGAAUCAAGUAGGUAGAGGUGUGAUAGGUUUAGAUGAAGUAUGGGGUUUCUGGAUGAGAGCUAGGGGUGUUGCUCUUCUUCCACCUUCAACACUCAUCUCCGUCCUUCCUUAUCUAGCCACUCAAACUUCCAUUCGUGAUUUGACUCUUCCCAGUGGUCUAAGAGUAUUACAUACGAAAUCAUAUGACCCCAUUUCUAUCCUUCAUCGUAUUCUCGUACUUCUCACUCCCUCUGCUCACUCUCCUUCUUCCGAGUUGAUGGAACAUAUCGAAUUGUUACAAAUACCCGAAUCAUCUUCUAUCAGUGUUACAUUAGGGGACGAACCUUCGAGAGUUGGUGGAACCCAGUUGGAUUCGACGGAAAUAAAAGGUUUAGUAAGGGAUGAUCAAGCUCAAGGAGGUGUUAGAUGGUAUCGAGAUCUUAUCACUCCUUGGAUGUUAUGA